UGUACUAGAAGAAAAGGCUUUUACAAGGUCUCUGAAUCAGACAUUCUUGUAGCUGUAAUAGAUGUGAGCAAUAGUUCGAUCUCUCAAGAUUCCAUUUUGGCCCACCUGCAUAACAUGUGCCUCAGUGUACAGGGGGAUGGUCCAAGGAGUGUCAUGGUAGUACUCAACAAAAUGGAUCUGCUAAGCCAAGACAGUUUAUCUAUUGCGAAGGAACUAUGCAAACAGCAUGGACUGCCACCAAUAUGUCUAUUGUCCUGUCAUACAGGUGAAGGGGUUGGUGACUUCUUAAGAAUCCUUAGACAGACCUUAGAAACUGUCUAUGGUGACCCACUUCAGGGAGCUCCAACAAUAACACAGACUCGUCACAGGUUUCAUCUUACUGCAUGUUUAGAUGCUCUGAGACGCUAUUUCCUCUAUCGGGAACAGGAUUUGGUUUUGGUUGCAGAGGAACUGCGUAUUGCCCACAGACAGCUCGGCACUAUCACAGGCAGGGUAGGGGCAGAAGAAAUUCUAGAUAUUAUAUUUUCAGAUUUCUGCAUUGGAAAGUGACUAUCCACUUCUUUUGGGUCACUUUGACGUAUGUUGCAUCUUUCCAAAAUUAAGU